GAGAGAGAGAGAGAGAGAGAGAGAGAGAGAGAGAUGAAAGUGCCUUGUUGCUCCGUGUGCCAGACGCGGUACAACGAGGAGGACCGGGUGCCGUUGCUCCUCCAAUGCGGCCAUGGAUUCUGCAAGGAGUGCCUCUCCAGGAUGUUCGCCGCGUCGCUCGACAACACCCUCCCCUGCCCCCGCUGCCGCCACGUCUCCGCCGUCGGCAACUCUGUCUCCUCCCUCCGCAAGAACUACGCCGUCCUCGCCCUCAUCCACUCCAAUUCCACGAUGCCGGCCAACUUCGACGUCGAUUUCACCGACGACGAGGACGACGCCGACGGGGAGGCGGACGGCGAGGACGCCCGGCCGCGGCGCGGGGCCCUGGCCUCGAGCUCCGGCGGCUGCGGGCCGGUGAUCGAGCUGGGCACGCACCAGGAUUUGAAAUGGGUGAAGAAGAUUGGGGAGGGGAGGAGGGCUGGAGUGGAGGUGUGGGAGGCGGUGAUCGGCAGCAGCAGUGGGGGGCGGUGUAGGCACCGCGUGGCCGUCAAGAAGGUGGUAGUUGGGGAUGAUGCGGCGGCCAUGGAUAUGGACUGGGUGCAGGGGCAGCUUGACAACUUGAGGAAGAUGUCAAUGUGGUGUAGGAAUGUGUGCACUUUUCACGGGGCCAUUAGGAAUGAAGACGGUAGCUUAUGCCUUGUCUUGGAUAGGUGUCACGGGUCAGUGCAGUCAGAGAUGCUGCGCAACGAGGGGAGGCUGACAUUGGAGCAAAUCUUAAGAUAUGGCGCGGAUAUUGCACGAGGUGUGGCUGAACUCCAUGCGGCAGGAGUUGUUUGCAUGAAUUUGAAACCAUCCAAUCUUCUUUUAGAUGCAAAUGGCCAUGCAUUAGUUUCUGACUAUGGACUUGCUUCAAUCCAAAAACCUGCCUGUCGAAAAGCUCGGACAGAGUGUGAUUCAGCCAGGGUCCAUUCUUGCAUGGAUUGUACAAUGCUUAGCCCCCAGUAUGCUGCUCCAGAGGCAUGGGAGCCGGUGAAGAAGUCCCUGAAGUUCUGGGAUGAUGCCAUUGGUAUUUCUGGAGAGUCGGAUGCAUGGAGUUUUGGUUGCACGUUGGUGGAAAUGUGCACUGGUUCUGCCCCGUGGGCUGGUCUUAGUGCAGAGGAAAUAUACCGGGCUGUUGUCAAGGGUGGGAGAUUGCCUCCGCAAUAUGCAAGUGUCGUCGGAGUUGGAAUACCUAGGGAUUUGUGGAAGAUGAUUGGCGACUGCCUCCAGUUUAAGGCAUCGAGAAGACCAUCUUUUAAUUCGAUGUUGGCAAUAUUCCUACGUCACUUGCAAGAAAUACCGCGUAGUCCUCCUGCAAGCCCUGAAAAUGACUUCACCAGAUCUUCCGGUUCAAGUUUGACAGAACCACUUCGUGGAUCUGUUUCUGAUCUAGUACAGGAUAACACUGGCCGCCUCCACAAGCUGGUAUCAGAGGGCAAUGUGAAUGGAGUUAGAGAUCUGCUCGCAAAGGCUGCAUCAGGAAAGAUAAACAACUCUAUGUCUUCACUUCUGAAAGCACAGAAUCCUGAUGGCCAAACCGCGCUUCAUUUGGCAUGUAGGCGUGGCAGUGCAGAAUUAGUUGAGGCUAUUUUAGAGCAUCAUGAAGCAUAUGUAGAUGUUUUGGAUAAGGAUGGCGACCCUCCUCUUGUUUUUGCUUUGGCCGCGGGAUCCCCAGAAUGUGUCCAUGCCCUCAUCAGAAGAGGUGCUAAUGUUAGAUCGAGGUUGAGGGAUGGCUUUGGGCCUUCUGUUGCUCAUGUAUGUGCUUACCAUGGCCAACCAGAUUGCAUGCGUGAAUUGCUAUUAGCUGGAGCUGAUCCCAAUGCUGUGGAUGAUGAAGGUGAAUCUGUUCUACACCAGGCUGUGGCAAAAAAAUACACUGAUUGUGCUGUGGUCAUUUUGGAAUGUGGGGGCUGUCCAUCCAUGUCCAUUGUGAACUCUAAAAAUCUUACACCAUUGCACUUGUGUGUGGCAACGCACAAUGUCACUGUGGUGAGACGGUGGGUGGAAGUUGCUAGCACUGAAGAUGUUGAAAAUGCGAUAGACAUUCCUAGUCCAGUUGGCACUGCAGUAUGUAUGGCAGCUGCUUUAAAAAAAGACCGUGAACUUGGGAGGGAGCUUGUUCGAUUGCUGCUUGCUGCUGGAGCAGAUCCAACCGCUCAAGAUGCCCAUGGGAGAACAAUUUUGCAUACUGCUGCUAUGGCUGAUGAUGUUGAGUUGGUCAAGGCUAUUCUCGAUGCUGGAGUAGAUGUGAAUAUCCGGGAUAUGCACAACAUGAUACCUCUUCAUACAGCCUUGAGUAGAGGGGCUAAGUCUUGUGUUGGAUUGCUAUUAUAUGCUGGGGCGAAUUAUAAUUUACAGGAUGAUGACGGUGACAAUGCUUUCCACAUAGCUGCUGAGUCUGCAAAAAUGAUACGAGAAAAUCUUCAGUGGCUCAUAAUAAUGCUUAGAAGCCCUGAUGCUGCUGUUGAAGCAAGAAAUCACAGUGGUAAGACAUUGCGCGAUUUUUUGGAGGCCCUUCCUCGAGAAUGGAUAUCAGAAGAUCUCAUGGAGGCUCUUGCAAAUAGAGGAGUUUAUCUAUCUUCCACAAUGUAUGAAGUAGGAGAUUGGGUAAAGUUUAAACGAAGUGUUAAAAAUCCUACAUAUGGAUGGCAAGGUGCAAACCAUAAAAGUGUUGGGUUUGUUCAAGGUGUUCCAGACAAAGAGAAGCUCAUUGUUUCAUUUUGUUCUGGAGAGGCUCAUGUAUUGGCAAGUGAAGUUGUAAAAGUGAUACCCCUGGACAGAGGACAGCAUGUGAAACUUAAAGCAGAUGUUGAAGAACCCAGGUUUGGUUGGCGUGGUCAGUCAAGGGACAGCAUUGGCACUGUUUUAUGUGUUGAUGAUGAUGGCAUUCUGCGUGUUGGGUUUCCUGGAGCAUCCAGAGGAUGGAAAGCAGACCCGGCAGAGAUGGAAAGGGUUGAAGAAUUCAAGGUUGGGGAUUGGGUUCGCAUUCGUCCUGGUCUUACCACUGCUAAGCAUGGAUUAGGCGCUGUUACACCAGGAAGUGUCGGUAUAGUUUACUGUAUUAGACCAGAUAGUAGUCUUUUUCUGGAAUUGAGCUACCUGGGCACUCGAUGGCAUUGUGAGCCAGAAGAAGUUGAGCAUGUUGUGCCUUUUAGGAUCGGGGAUCGUGUGUGUGUGAAACGGUCUGUUGCAGAGCCCAGAUAUGCUUGGGGUCGUGAGACUCAUCACAGUGUUGGGAGGAUAUGCGAAAUAGAGAACGAUGGUCUGCUGCUAAUCGAAAUACCAAAUCGCAAUAUGCCAUGGCGAGCUGAUCCUUCUGACAUGGAAAAGUUGGAGGAUUUUAAGGUUGGUGAUUGGGUGCGAGUGAAAGCUUCUGUUCCAUUCCCCAAAUAUGGAUGGGAAGACAUCACACGAGACAGCAUUGGCAUAGUUCAUAGCUUGGAAGAAGACGGCGAUAUGGGGGUUGCCUUCUGCUUCCGCAGUAAGUCCUUUAGUUGCUCAGUAACAGACAUGGAAAAGGUUCCUCCUUUUGAAGUGGGACAAGAGAUUCGGAUGAAGCCGUCUGUUACCCAGCCUCGGCUUGGAUGGUCAAAUGAGACCCCUGCAACUGUUGGAAAAGUUGUGAGAAUAGACAUGGAUGGUGCUUUGAAUGUUAAAGUGGCUGGUCGACAUAGUUUGUGGAAGGUUUCCCCUGGAGAUGCAGAACAGCUUGCUGGAUUUGAAGUUGGUGAUUGGGUACGGUCAAAACCCAGUCUUGGGACUAGACCUAGUUAUGACUGGAACAGUAUUGGGAAGGAAAGUCUUGCUCUUGUGCACAGCGUGCAGGAGACCGGUUACCUAGAAUUAGCAUGCUGUUUUCGCAAGGGGAGGUGGAUUACACACUAUACAGAUGUUGAGAAAGUUCCUAGCUUCAAAGUCGGCCAGCAUGUUCGAUUCCGGGCUGGUCUGAGCGAGCCAAGAUGGGGAUGGAGAGGGGCCCAGCCUGAUUCACAAGGUGUUAUAACUAGUGUUCAUGCUGAUGGAGAAUUGAGGGUGGCUAUUAAUGGUUUGCCUGGCUUUUGGAGAGGAGACCCUGCAGAUUUUGAGAUAGUGCAGACUUUUGAGGUGGGGGAGUGGGUGAGACUAAAAGAAAAGGCAAAUAGCUGGAAAUCCAUUGGACCCGGCAGUAUAGGGGUCGUACAAGGAUUAGGAUAUAAUGGAGACGAGUGGGAUGGGAGCACGAUUGUCUCAUUUUGUGGGGAGCAAGAAAGAUGGGUGGGGUCCACUUCCCAUCUGGAAAGGGUUGAAAAGCUGAUGGUUGGGCAGAAGGUAAAGGUAAAGCUUUCGGUAAAGCAGCCAAGAUUUGGAUGGUCAGCCCAUAGCCAUUCAAGUAUUGGAACCAUCUCUGCAAUUGACGGUGAUGGUAAGCUGAGAAUAUAUACCCCGGCAGGCUCAAAAGCUUGGGUGCUAGACCCAUCAGAGGUGGAGAUUGUGGAGGAAGAAGAGCUUCACAUCGGAGAUUGGGUGAAGGUGAAGGUGACAGUAUCGACCCCAACCCAUCAGUGGGGUGAGGUGAGUCACUCAAGCAUUGGGGUAGUGCACAGAAUAGAUGAUGGAAAUUUGUGGGUUGCAUUUUGCUUUAUGGACAGGCUUUGGCUUUGCAAGGCUUUUGAGAUGGAACGGGUUAGGCCGUUCCAAGUUGGUGACAAAAUUCGGAUCAGAGGAGGACUGAUUUCUCCACGAUGGGGAUGGGGAAUGGAGACACAUGCUAGUAAAGGUGAGAUCGUGGGGGUGGAUGCCAAUGGCAAGUUGAGGAUCAGAUUCCAGUGGAGAGAAGGUAGACCAUGGAUUGGAGACCCUGCGGAUGUUGUUUUGGACGAAUGCCCAGCAGGGACUUGUGCAUCAUGAGACCUUGCAUAUCAUUGUAACUCAAAAUGCUGUUCUUGGCUGCUGCUCUACCAUGAUGAAGCCGCCGCUGCCGCCGCCGUUAUACUUUCUUGCACACGCAAACCACUGAUUCGAAUGAUGUUGGGUGGGGGAGGGGUUGGGUGUGGUGAUUGCAAAGAAAGUACUUGAUGCAAAGCCGGAUGAUGAUGGUACCGAAUCAGAGUGGGGGAUUUGUCUUUAACUGGCACAGCCGGAGGAGAUCCGGUUCAGCCCGGACAGCAGAGGUAGUGAUGGGAAAUUUGUACGUUAUGGACUCUCGAUUGUUGAGCUCUGAGGUAUAUAAUUCUGCUCAUGUUUGUACAAAUUGGACUGUUAUAUAUAUCUGUGAAUUAUGAAAUUUUGGUCUUUCAGUCAGGACUCUUCAGCUAGUUUUUCCA